UCAUCGGCCUCCGCCUCUUCACUCACACUCGCAUUAGCGUUUGGUUGCCGCUACUGCGCUCCCCCCCUCGAACUCUGCUUAAACCGUCCCUCUUCUCGCCGCCGCCUUCCCGCCGCCCUACCUUCCUCUAUCACGACGAUUCCUUCUGCCUCUAGAACUACCGCCACUUUUGUCUCCUUCUUACCUCGAUUUCUAGACCCUCAUUUCGUCACGGGUAAUUGUCUUCUUUUCAAGAUGGAGGUACCCUCUCUCUCUUUCUACCGCUAAUUCCCACCGCUUCUCUAUUCUUCUUUCCAAGAUUUACGUUAAUUUGAAAUUGGAGAUACUCGGAAUUCCCUAAAUGGAUAAUUUGCCCCAACCGUAUCCCACCUUGAAGUUUCAGGGGAUUUUAGUACGAGUGGUAUGUGUAGUAUAUUUUAUGCUGGUAUAUUUUCCUUGGAGUAUGCAAACUUUUGAUUAUGAAAUUCAACGGCAUACAUGUCCGAGUGUCCUAAUAAACGGCCCCACUUCCGAGGCUGUGAAGCUUAAUAAGAGGUUCUGGACUGGAAGUGGGAUAGGUACGAAUAAAGAAAUGGUGGACAGUCUCCACAACUAUGGAGUGAUUAGAUCAAAGAAGGUGUCUGAAGCAAUGGAGAGCAUAGAUAGGGGAUUUUUUGUGCCGGAUGGUACUCCACCUUAUGUUGAUACUCCAAUGCCAAUAGGUUAUAAUGCCACUAUAUCGGCUCCUCACAUGCAUGCCACUUGCCUUCAAUUAUUGGAGAAACACUUGCAACCUGGAAUGCACGCUUUGGACGUUGGCUCAGGAACGGGAUAUUUGACUGCAUGCUUUGCGAUGAUGGUCGGACCAGAAGGUCGUGCAGUUGGCGUGGAACACAUUCCUGAGUUGGUUGUUUCCUCAAUGGAGAAUAUUAAAAAAAGUGCUGCUGCUCCUUUGCUGAAAGAAGGUUCCCUCUCUGUACAUGUUGGUGAUGGCCGGCAGGGUUGGGCACAGUGUGCACCUUACGAUGCCAUUCAUGUUGGAGCAGCAGCGGCUGAAAUUCCGCCAGCUCUCAUCGAGCAGUUAAAGCCAGGCGGGAGAAUGGUGAUUCCAGUUGGGAGCGUAUUCCAGGAUUUGAAGGUUGUGGACAAGGAUGCUGAUGGCUCUGUUAACAUCCACGAUGAAACUUCUGUUCGUUAUGUGCCUCUUACCAGCCGAGAAGCACAGUUACGUGACAACUGAUUUGGUUUGGUCAUCAAUUUCAGGUGCUGCUUUUCUUUUAAAAAACAAAAAAUGCUGUAUAGAAACUUUAAAUUAUCGUUUGCAUCGAAUUGAAUUAAUAAUAUGCUUGUAAAUUAUUCCUCGAUAUGGAUGUUGAGUCCAAAUAAGGAGUGGAAAAAGUUGGGUCUGUUAUAUUAUAUCCACUUCCUUUCUUUUUCUUCAA